CGUUCCGCAUCUGGGACAGAUAUGGAUGGUCAGGGGGAUGGAUUAGCAAUCAGGGAGGCGUGUGAGGUGAGGUGAGGUGAGCUGCUGAUGGGGAUUUGUAUCUUUGAUGGAUGGAUGGAUGGAUGGAUUCUUGGAGUUUGUUUGUAUUGUUUGGGUUCUUGGGGAGAGAGUUUGUGGUUUUAUCUAUUCACCUUAUCUAUUCAUCUAUUCAUCUAUCUAUCUAUCUAUCUAUCUAUUCAUCCAUCCAUCUAUCGAUUAUCGACUUGGUUGCUUUGUUCAAGCUGCUUUCAAGUGCAUGAUUCGUGGUCGGGACAGGGAGAGCUGGUACGAGGUGAAGAGUGAAGUAAGUAGCACGCACCCCCCAAGACAUCGAUGCAUUCAGCACUUCACCACGGUUCCUGACUGAGAUCCAGUCCCAUCGAUGAAGGAUAUGAUCAAAUAUAUGAUACUCUAGAUCCAUUCCCAUCAGCACCCACCAUGAUCCCGACCGCAUCUCUCGACCACGCGGCAACGCAACCGCUCCUCUCUCCCUCGCCCUCCUCCUCCUCCAUCACGCCCUCCGACGAGACCGAAGGCCAGAUCAAACUCACCCGCCAUAUCGAGGACACCGUCCUGCCCGAGACCCUCCCCCAGGGCCGCAACCUCUCAUGGAGCAGCGCGUACAUUCUCGUCAUCUCGCGCGUCAUCGGCAGCGGCAUCUUCGCGACGCCCGGCUCCAUCGUCGCCAGCGCCGGCAGCGUCGGCCUCGCCAUGCUGCUCUGGGUCGGCGGCGCCCUGAUCGCCGCCUGUGCCAUGGUCGUCGGGCUCGAGUACGGCUGCAUGCUGCCGCGCUCUGGCGGCGACAAGGUCUACCUCGAGUUCACGUACCAGCACCCGCGCUUCUUCGCGUCGACCCUGAUCGCCGUGCAGGCGGUGCUCCUCGGUUUCACCGCGAGCAACUGCAUCGUCUUUGGCGAGUACGUAUUGUUCGCUCUCCGCAUCGAGCCCUCCGAGUUCUCGCAGAAGGCGCUGGCGCUGGGCCUGCUCACGGCCAUCACCAUCGUCCAUGGAUGUUUCCUGAAGACGGGCAUCCGCAUCCAGAAUCUCCUGGGCUGGGUCAAGGUCGGGCUGAUGCUGUUCAUGGCGCUGACUGGCCUAUAUGUUGUGCUGUUCCGGGUCAGGACCCCUGAGGGUCAACCCGCAGAGCAGAUCCUCUCGUGGGACGGCUUGUGGAAGGACUCGAACUGGGGAUGGGGCACGCUAUCUACGGCCGUGUUUAAAGUCUCGUAUUCCUAUGCCGGCAUCCAAAAUGUGAACAACGUCCUCAACGAGGUGAAAAACCCCGUGCGGACACUGAAGACCGUCGCGCCAGCGGCUCUUCUCACAGCCUGCUUGCUAUAUUUGUUAGUGAACUUUGCAUACUUCUCAGUGGUGCCCUUGGCAGAGGUAAAGCAGAGCGGAGAGCUCAUCGCGGCUCUUUUCUUCGAGAGAGUGUUCGGGAAGAGUUUCGGAAGGACUGUCCUACCGCUGGCAAUAGCAGUCUCGGCCGCUGGGAAUGUGAUGGUUGUCACAUUCACACUGGCCCGAGUCAACCAGGAGAUUGCCCGUCAAGGCUUCCUUCCCUUCUCCCGCCUGUUCUCCUCGUCGAAACCGUUCGGUGCCCCAAUGGGUGGUCUAAUCGUUCACUACAUCCCCUCUCUACUAGUCAUUGCGAUCCCGCCUCGGGGCGAUGUCUACAAUUUUAUCCUAGACGUUGAAGGAUAUCCGGGUCAAUUCGCUGCACUCGCAACAUCAUUCGGUCUUCUCUUGCUGAGGAAGAAACGGCCGGACCUUCAGAGGCCAUACAAAGCCUGGCUGCCGGCAGUCUGGCUACGCAUUGCCAUCUGUUUGGCCUUGGUUGCAGCCCCUUUCUUCCCGCCCAAAGAUGGGAAGGCCGAUGUGGGCUUCUUCUACGCGACAUAUGCCAUUGUCGGGAUCGGGAUUAUCUCGUUUGCGAUAUUGUAUUGGUACCUGGCGUUCGUGGCGAUCCCGCGCUGGUAUGGCUAUAGAGUGGAGGAAGAGACGGAAGUCUUGAGUGAUGGAACUAGCAUCACGAGGCUUGUUAAUGUAAAGAAUGAAUGAUCAGAUGAUAUCAUGCAAAGGGGUUUGGUUUGGGAUAGAAAUCUAGCAAUUUGGAUGUGUUUGGAACCAGCAGAAGGGCGUUCAGAGGUGCUUUAGAUAGAAGGCCACACUUGGGAACCUAUCGUUUUUUCGCCUUGCUGUAGGCAAAUGGGGAUAAUAUAUUUAUAAGUGAAAUAGGAAC